GUUCACCUCAAGGCAUGCCGGGACUUGUGGUCUUCGGCUGGGGCAUGAUGGGGGUUGUAGUCCCGCGGGAGUUUUGACUCGGCUCUCGCUCCAGUUAAGAAGAUCCGGGUUCUUCCGGCUGAGGGCGAGCAGUGUUUGAGGGCGUCGCCUAGCAGCAGCGGCCUGCUCCGCCUCCUCCCUGAACGACUUGAGGAAACCAGCGAGCCAGAAGGAGGGAGGGAUGUUUUCGUGAACAAAUAAACGCGGAUAAACGUCGCAUGCACCUGGAGGGCGAGGCGGGCCUCCGGAAGGGGGACUAGCGGCCACUAGGCUGCCCUCCUCGCAACCCGUUUGGCUCCGAGAGCGGAGAGGCGUUUCCUUGCUUGGGGAAACAAAUGGCUGCAAUCCUCGACCCGCUUCCUCUGGAGUAAACCUACUGGCUCACUGCGAAGCGCGCAGGAGAGAUUGCGUGAAGCCUCCGCAUCCUAGGUAUCCGGGAGAUAAAUGAACGUUCAAGAUGGCACCGAUUUUAGAAUGGAAGAAGGUUAUGAAAGUAGAUCCUGAUUCUUUACCUCGUCAAGAGGAGCUAGCAGAUACUUUGCUGGAGAUGUUGGCUAAGGUUGAUGGAAGUGAUCUGAAGGAUGAGAACCCUGAACGUUUAAUUCAGCUUUUUAAAAUUUCUCAGUCACUAAUGAGGAUGAAAAAUCAAGAAGUAGAAUUGGCAUUGGAAGAAGUUGAGAAAGCUGGGGAGGAGCAAGCCAAAUUUGAAAAUCAGUUAAAAACUAAAGUGAUGAAAUUGGAAAAGGAGUUAGAGGUAGCACAUCGAUCUACUGGUGGUCGUGAUACUCGCUUUUUGCGUGAUGAGAUCCGUCAGCUGGAAAGGCAGAUGGAACAAAAAGACAGAGAGUUGGCAGAUAUGGAGAAGGAGCUGGAGAAAGAAAAGAAAGUCAAUGAACAGCUUGCUCUUCGGAAUGAGGAUGCAGAAAAUGAAAACAGCAAGUUGAGAAGGGAGAAUGAACAACUUCGUCAGGAUGUAAUUGACUAUCAGAGACAGAUAGAUACACAAAAAGAAACCCUUCUUUCACGAAGAGGAGAAGAAUCAGAUUACAGGUCACAGUUAUCAAAAAAGAACUUUGAGCUUGUCCAGUAUCUAGAUGAAAUUCAGAGUUUGACCGAAGCUAAUGAAAAAUUAGAGGCUCAGAAUCAGGAAAUGAGGAAGAAUCUAGAAGAAUCGGUGCAAGAAAUGGAAAAGAUGACUGAUGAGUACAAUAAAAUGAAGCUUAUCGUGCAGCAAUCUGACAUUGUUGUGGACCAACUGAAAAAGGAAAAGGAACAGUAUAAGUUUCAGGUGCAUGAGUUAAUGGAGCAACUUAAAGCAAAGAAUGAAGAAGAUGACCCUCUCAUGGCAGCUGUGAAUGAAAAAGUGGAAGAAUGGAAGGGAAUCUUGGCUUCUAAAGAUGAAGAAAUCAUUGAGUAUCAGCAAAUGUUGUUAACUCUGAGAGAAAAACUGAAAAUGGCCCACCUUGAUGCUGACAAGAGCAGCGUUAUGGCCCUCCAGCAGGGUGUGCAAGAAAGAGACAGUCAGAUCAAACUGCUCACGGAACAGGUUGAACAGUAUACGAAAGAGAUGGAAAAGAAUGCAGUGCUUAUUGAGGACAUGAAAAGAGAACUUCAAAAAGAAAAAAGUCUGUCAUCUUCUGCUCAACAGGGCCAUAUUGGGAACAUCCAAGAGAAAUUACAUAUGUUGGAACAGAAAACCAAAGAAGCUGAAAUGGUAGCAGAACUUGCAGAAGCUGAUGCAAGGGAGAAGGACAAAGAACUUAUUGACACUCUGAAACGAAUGAGAGAUUAUGAAUCGGGAAUUUAUGGCCUGGAAGAUGCUGUUGCUGAAAUAAAAGAUUUUAAAAAGCAAAUUAAAAUAAGGGAUCAUGAAAUUGAAACAUUAAUUAAAGAAGUUAACAAACUUGAACUUAAAAUCAAUGAUUUUCUUGAUGAAAAUGAAGACCUCCGUGGACGACUGGGUCUUGAUCCCAAGACAAUGAUUGAUUUAACGGAAUUUAGAAACAGCAAAGCACUGAAACAGCAGCAGUACAAGGCUGAAAACCAAAUCCUGCUGAAAGAGAUUGAAAGACUAGAAGAAGAAAGAGUUGCCCUGAAACAGCAUAUUCGUAAACUGGCUCAGGAGAAAGGAAGAAGAGCUGCAACAUUAGGAUUGGAUACAGAUGACCUACAGCUGAUUGAUACCUUUACUGAAGAUCUGAAGAUGAGGAGGAGUAAAUAUGAGUUUAUGAGUACAGUUAACGUUGACGAGGUUAAAGAAAAGUUGAGUUUUCAUCUUGAUUCAGAGAUACAAGUGACUGAUAACUGUGAUGGCUCCGAGUCUUUUACAGUAGAGGAACUUUACAGUUCUGUAAAGCAGCAAUCUAAAGAAAUGCUAGGGAAAGCUUUAUGUCCGGUCAGUUUCAGUGAAUCGAAAGAACUGAGAGCAGACUGUCCACUAUCAUUUUCUGCUAUGCAAGGGAAACAAAGGGCUAGUAAAAGACGACAAAGACAGGAAAGGCAGAUGAAGAGACCUGAAGCAUCUCGGGUUCAGACCCUGUCACUGGAUUUCCAGGAAGGGCUGCCUCUUUCUCUGCUUGGAAAGCCAGUGUCCUCCUACGUAGUGCAGGAGGUCCUGUUGCGAGAUGAGAAGGACAAUUCUGAAAUAAAAUUGUUGGAUUUAAGAACUGAUAUGAGAGAGAUGGGGAAAGACCAGAUCUAUUUUCCAGAAUCAUGGCCAGUAGAACACAUGGAUGAAGGACUUGAUUGUGGCCUGCGAAUGAAUACAUAUCAGAUAGAUCGAGUUGAGAGUCUUAUAAGGCAGUUGAGGAGUGAAUUAAUGUUCCUUAGGUCAGAGAAAGAGCAGAUAUUGAAAGACUUGUUCGCCAAGAAUACCCUGAAUAAAGAUGCAGAGCUAGAGCUUGACAGACACAGGAGCCAGGAGUUUGAGAAUAACUACCUUACCAAAGAAUUAAAUGAACGUGACAGGGACUUGGAACAAAACAGGGCCAUAAUAGCCAAGUUUCAAUUGAAAUUAAAAGAAUUGGUACAAGAAAAUAAGCACCUUGAAGAAGGCAUGAAAGAAAUCCUACAAGCUAUAAAGGACAUGCAGAAAGAUCCAGGUGUGAAAGGUGGAGAAACUGCUGUAAUCAUUCCUAGUCUGGAACGAUUAGUAAAUGCAAUUGAAUUAAAGAAUACAGAAGGAAACUUCGAUGCUAGCAUACAUUUAAAGACGCAAGUUGACCAACUAACAGGACGAAAUGAAGAAUUAAGGAAGGAACUGAGGGAAGCACAAAAAGAAGCAGUGAAUUUUUCCAAUCAGCUUUCAAAAGCAAAUGCCAAGGUUGCCUCUUUAGAAAAUGAGAUCCAUUUGCUGCGGCAAUCAGAAGAUGCUGGUAUGGUGUUCAAAGCAGUAAAUCUUCCGGAAGGAAUGGCUCCAUCUAGUGUAAACAUAAUAAAUUCACAGAAUGAAUAUUUAAUAUACCUUUUGCAGGAACUGGAAAAUAAAGAGAAGCUGCUGAAGAAAUUAGAAGAAGCGCUAGAAGACUAUAAAAGGAAAGUUGCAGUUGCCCGCCACCAGCAAGGCUUGCUGUAUAAAGAAUAUCAAAGUGAAAGGGAACACUGGCAUACUGCUGGUGAAAAAAUACAAGAAGAAAAGAAAAGAUUGGAACAUCAAAAGGAGCAAGAUGAUGUAAAAAUAAAAGAAUAUUAUAAUUUAUUAGAUGCACUUGAAAAGAAUAGCGAUGACUUUAAACGGCUAUUUGCAGACUACAGUAGAAAAAUAACUGUUCUGAGGGUAAAUGAAAGGUCACUAGCAAGGCAGUACACAACCGUACUUGAAAUGGAGAAGCAUCUCCGGAAAGAGAAUGAGAAGAUGAAGGCCGAGUUAAUAGCUGUGGAGGCUGCAGUUGGAGAAAAGAUUGGCCGUUUGCAAAGGUUCAAGGAAAUGGCAACUUUCAAGAUGGCAGCAUUGCAGAAAGCGUUGGAUGAUUGUGUACCUCUGAAUGAUCUGGAAAUGGCUAAUAAGCAGUAUAAUGAAUUAACUGCUAAAUACAGGGAUAUGCUACAAAAAGAUAACUUGCUUGUUCAAAGAACAACUAAUUUGGAGCACUUAGAGCGUGAAAAUGCAUCCCUGAAAGAACAGAUUGAGUCUUUAAACAAGGAGCUGGAAAUUACAAAAGAGAAACUUCAUACACUUGAACAAGCUUGGGAGCAAACAGCAAAAUUGGGAGGAGACAGUGCUACAGAUAAGGCCACAAAAGCCAUAACAAACAGUGAGAUUGUUUCUAUUUCUAAGAAAAUUACUAUGCUGGAAAUGAAAGAACUAAAUGAAAGGCAAAGGGCAGAGCACUCUCAGCGAAUGUAUGAACACUUACGAAACACAUUAAAACAAGUGGAAGAACGCAAUUUUGAACUGGAAACAAAGUUUGCUGAGCUUACAAAGAUCAACCUUGAAGCACAGAAAGUGGAACAGUCUUUGCGAGAUGAACUGUCAAGCAGUGUGAGUAAAGCAGUCAGCGAGGCAGAUAGACGUCGAAUUAUGGACCUGGAGAAAAGUGAAACUGAGCUCAAGAUUGAAGUAUCAAAGCUAAAAGAGCUGUCUGAUAUUGCCAAGAUGCAAGUUGAUGCUUUGGAGAAUCGCCAGCAAUCCAGAGAGAAAGAAGUGGAAUCGCUCAGAAUGCAGAUUUUGGAUUUUCAGGCACAAUCAGAUGAAAAAACACUUGUUGCAAAAUUACAUCAACAUAUCGUGGCCCUUCAGGUUAGUGAAGCCACUGCUGUGGCCAAGUUAGAGACUGCCAUGUCAAAACUUCAGAAGAUGGAGGUGGCUAAUAUGCGCCUAGAGCAGAAACUGGAUGAUAAAGAGCAAGCAUUGUACUAUACACGACUCGAGGGGAGGAAUAGAGCUAAGCAUCUCCGCCAGACUGUACAGUCACUGCGACGACAAUUCAGUGGUGCUUUGCCCCUGGCUCAGCAGGAGAAGUUCUCCAAAACUAUGAUUCAGCUUCAGAAUGACAAACUUAAGACUAUGGAUGAGGUCCAGCUUGCUCAGCAGGAGCGCCGAAAUGCAGAGAACAGAGCACUGGAGCUGGAGACAAAGCUAAAAGGAUUAGAAGAACUAAUAGCCACAUUGAAAGAUACAAGAGGAGCACAGAAGGUAAUUGAGUGGCAUAUGAAAAUUGAAGAGCUUCGUCUUCAGGACCUUAAACUGAACCGCGAAUUAGCCAAGAAAAAGGAAGAGAUUAAAUAUUUGAACAAUAUCCUUUCUGAAUACGAACGUACCAUUAAUAACCUGGAAGAAGAAAUUGUACAGCAGAGCAAGUUCCAUGAAGAGCGGCAGUUGGCCUGGGAACAAAGAGAAGUAGAAUUAGAACGUCAGCUCGACACUUAUGACCGUCAGCAGAAGGACAUAAUUAGAACCGCUCAGAAGUUUGAUGAAGCUACAGGAUCAGUUCCAGACCCCAGCUUGCCCCUUGCACAUCAGCUUGAGCAAGCUCUAAGGAAAAUACGAGAACACGUCCGAACUAUCCUGGAAGUGCAAGCCACCUGCAAAUCCUUAGAAGAGAAACUGAAAGAAAAAGAAGCUGCUUUGUGGAAAGCAGAGCAAAGUAUCUUAUCCAGGGACAGGAUCAUAAAUGAACUGAGACUUCGAUUGCCAGCAUCAUCAGAGAGAGAGAAAAUAAUAGCAGAGCUUGGACCAAAAGAAGAGGACUCUGCUGCCUCUCCUCGUGCUCUGAAAAUUGCGCACCAGACAAUUGCAAAUAUGCAAGCAAGAUUAAAUCAAAAAGAGGAAGUGUUGAAAAAGUACCAAUACCUUUUGGCCAAAGCAAGAGAGGAACAAGAGGAAAUUGCAAAGAAACAUGAAGACGACCUCAGAGUGCUACAUCAAAAGUUAGAUAUACAUGCUGACAGUUCUUUUAACAAAUUCAAGCAAACUGCAUUAGAGUUGGUGAAAAAGCCAUCUUUAGCUGUCCCAGCAAAUAAACAUUUAAUUCGUCUGGCAGAGAUGGAGCAAACUGUAGCAGAACAGGACAGUUCCCUUGCAUCCCUUCUGAACAAAUUAAAGAAAACAUCGUCCGAAUUGCAGAAGCAAAAGCAGAUUACUUUGGCAAAAAUCAAGGAAUUUGAUAACAUCAGGGUCCAGCUUGAAGAGAAGCAUGCAGCUGAAGUGAAAAAAUUGAAAGAUGAAGUGGAUGAGCUAAGAAGUUUGUUGUCACAGAUGGAGAAAGAAUUACUGAAUGCAAAACUGGAGCUGGAGGCCCAAAGAGAAGCAAAUAAUAGAGCUCCAACAACUACAAUGAAAAAUCUAGUGGAACGGCUGAAGAAUCAGCUAGCCUUAAAAGAGAAACAGCAGAAGGCUUUGAGUAAAGCACUUCUGGAGCUCCGAGCAGAAAUGACAGCUGCUGCAGAACAACAGAUUAUUUCUGUAGCAUCACAAAAAGAGGCACACAUGAAUGUUCAACAGAUCGUUGACAAGCAAACAAAGGAACUGAGGAUUCAGUUAGAAGAUUUAAAUGACCAACUUUCCAGACUUAAAGAUGCCCUCAAGCUAAGCAAAAAUAAAGAGAAUUCAUUACUAGAUGAGGUGGAUGAUUUAAAUCACGAGCUUCAGAAAAAAGUUAAAGCCCACACUAAAUUUCUGAGGGAGAAAGAAGAGAUGGAAAAAGAAAAUGAAGAACUGAAAAAGCGGAUUAAAAGGCUAACCAAUGCAAUUCAGGGAAAAGCUGAUGACCAAAGCCUGAUAGAGGAACUUCAAAGAAAAAUUAAGAAGUUGGAAAGUGAACUAGGAAAGAAGAGUGAUGAGUCAGAAAUGAAAACCCCAAGAGAGGACAAGAGUUCUAAGGAAGAAUUAAUUAGAUGGGAGGAAAGUAAGAAAUGGCAGAUGAAAAUGGAAGGAAUGAGGAACAAACUGAAAGAAAAGGAGAAGGAAGUAGAGUCCUUAGCCAAACAGUUAAACACAGUAAAGGAACUUUUUUCAAAGGCGGAUAAAGAAAAAAUUGCUUUGCAGAAGAAACUCAAGAGCUGUGGUGUUACUGUUGAUCAGGUUGUAGGAGUACGAGCCUCUGAAUCAGAGAGAGAGCUGGAAGAGCUACGAAAACGAAAUAUAGAUUUGGAGAAUGAGAUUGUUCACCUAAAGACACAGUAUGCUGUCCCUCGAGAUUCUGUUGUGGAAGAUUUACACUUAAAAAACAGAUACCUACAAGAAAAGCUUCUUGUAUUGGAGAAACAGCUUUCCAGAGACACUUUUUCAAGACCUUCGACAUCAGGAUUAGGAUCAGAUGAUCAAUAUCAAAAAGAACAAGAGCUUCAAAAGGAGAACCUGAUGCUAUCAUCUGAAAAUAUGGAAUUACGAUUCCAGCUGGAACAGGCCAACAAAGACUUGCCAAGAUUAAAGAACCAAGUAGCUGAUUUAAAGGAAAUGUGUGAGCUCCUGAAACGAGAGAAGGCAGAAGCUGAGCGGAAGCUAGGCAAUGUCAGAGGGUCUGGAAGAAGUGGGAAAACUAUUCCAGAAUUAGAGAAAACAAUUGGCUUGAUGAAAAAGGUUGUGGAGAGAGUUCAGAGAGAAAACGAAGAGCUUAAGAAAGCACCUGGAGUAGUCUCCAAUGAAAAACUGGCCAGCCUUGAACAAGAAAAUGAAUAUUUAAAGUCUGAAAUGGAAAAACUAAAAGUUCACCUUGGAGGGGAAUUGAGUAUGCGCUAUGAACUGAAAACUAAAGGCACAGAAAAGAUAAUUGCUGAAAAUGAGAGAAUCCGGAAGGAGCUGAAAAAGGAAGCAGAGAAUUCAGAGAAGCUGAGAAUUGCAAAGAAUAAUCUUGAGAUAAUAAAUGAGAAAUUGACUGCAGAACUGGAAGAGACCAUAAGGAAGUUAAGCUUGGCAGAAAGCAGAAACCUGCAGCUUGAGGGAGCUGAUGGCAAGGGUGGGAAAUCCAUUGUGAUAACAAGAAUGUAUGAAAAUAAGAUGAAAGAAAUGGAAGCUGAUAUUGCCAAAAAAACUCAAGCCAUUAGUGAUCUUAAACAGGCAUUACGAAAAUCCACAGAGAGUGAAGAAAAAAAUGAAAAAUAUAUUGAAAUUUUAAAAGAACAGGUUGAACUUCUCAAACACUUUCCUGAGGGUGCCAAAACAGAGCAAGGGCUUGCCAAAGAACUUCAGCUUCUCAGAUUAACCAAUGAUCGUUUGGAAAAGGAAAAGGCAGAGUUAGCUUACCAGGUGGAGAGUUCUCGAAAACAGACUGAAGUUAAGGAAGAUGGUGGAUUUGCAGCUGGGAAAGAUGGAAACUAUAAACUACUGGCAGAGGUAACAAGCCUCAAGACACAGUUGAAAACCUCUGAUUUAGAACAGCAGCGACUUCAUGUAAGUCUUGAAGAAGUCAGAAAGCUGAAAAAUGAACUGGACCACUUUGAUCCAUCCUUUUUUGAAGAAAUUGAGGAUCUAAAAUACAACUAUAAUGAAGAAGUUAAAAAAAAUAUUCUCUUGGAAGAGAAAUUGAAAACACUUUCUGAACAAUUUGGUGUUCAGGUAGAUAUUCCAGCCAGAGUUUCUAUUGAUUAAAUGAAAAAGUACAGAAUGUUUUUAAAGAAGACCUGAGGCUUGGCACAGAAAAGAAACAAGAACAUUCUUUUGUCAGGGGUCAAACAAGCUUUUUUUAUACUUUCUCAGAAAUGUGUUUCAGCUCUUGCCAAAGCAAGCAUCUCCAUGAGCUACUGCUUGUUUUCACUUCUGCAAACACAGGAGCAAAAGUAAGGACUAAAGGUAUAGUACUAGUACACUGUUGUUUUUUGUGCUAAUUUAUUAUAUAGUCAGUAUUAUAUUUUUAUAGAUCUUACAUUGAUGUGCUUGCAGUGAAGGUAUAAAACUGAAUGCAGUUUAGAAAUUAUUUAUUUUUCUACAUUUGUUCAUUACUAGUGUAGUAUUCAAACAGUUUAAUGCUUAUUUACCCUAAAACUGACAGUCCAGAAAUAUGGGCUUUAUCUAAUAAAAUAUAUACAAACUUGCUAAACAA